GCCCUGUUCUUCCUCUGCAGCAUUAGUUGAGAUAUCAACAAGCUCCUUGCAAGCAGUUGUUGUGGCACUCGCGAAUAUGGAGGCCCCACAGGCUGGACGCAUCGCUAGACUCCUCAAUCACCUUGGGCCGCAGACAAGCUCGGUUGGAGGGAUUGAACGACAAUUUACAUCUGCAGCCGCUAGUUCAAACGUCAAAGUGGCAGUCCUGGGUGCUGCUGGAGGCAUUGGGCAGCCCCUGGCCCUGCUGCUGAAGGGAUCUCCGCUCAUCAGCGAGCUCAGCUUGUAUGAUAUUGUUGGCACUGAGGGCGUCGGCGCGGACCUGUCCCACAUUGACAGCAGCCCCAAGGUGAGCAGCUACACAGGUGCUGAGGAGCUGCCUGAGGCUCUGUACGGCAGCAGCCUGGUUGUGAUCCCGGCCGGUGUGCCGCGCAAGCCCGGCAUGACUCGCGAUGACCUCUUUAACAUCAACGCAGGCAUUGUGAGGGAUCUGUGCGUGGCGAUUGCCAAAUACUGCCCGGAUGCCUGGGUGGCCAUAAUCUCCAACCCAGUCAACUCCACAGUCCCCAUCGCGGCUGAGGUAUUCAAAAAGGCGGGGACCUACAACCCACGCAAAUUGCUGGGGGUGACGAAGCUGGACGUUCUGCGCGCCAACACCUUUGUGGCACAGGCCAUCGGCGUGCCCCCGGAGCGCAUGUCUGUGCCUGUCAUCGGCGGCCACGCCGGUGUCACCAUCCUGCCACUCCUCUCCCAGGCAACGCCGCGGGUUGACGUGAGCCCGGAGACAGCCAAGGCGCUGACGGAGCGCAUCCAGGACGCUGGAACCGAGGUGGUCAAGGCCAAGGCGGGCAAGGGGUCGGCGACGCUGUCGAUGGCUUAUGCGGCGGCCAAGUUUGCCGAGUCGUGCCUGCGCGCGCUCGCGGGCGAGCCAAUCGUGGAGUGCGCAUACGUGGAGUCCCACCUCACCGACCUGCCCUUCUUCGCCUCGCGCGUCCGCCUCGGCCGCAACGGCGUCGAGGAGUACCUGCCGCUGGGCCGCUUCAACGAGCUGGAGGCUGCCAACUUUGAGGCGCUCAAGGGGGAGCUUCGAGGCAGCAUCAAGAAGGGCGUGGACUUUGUCAACAAGACUUAAAUUCAGAGACAUCAGCGUUCCUCCAAUCUCUAAGUCUUUUUAUAGGUACUGGUAGGGCUAGGAUGUCUGUCCUUUCUGAGGUAGCUGUCAUGUCCCCUGUGUAGCGUGCACCUCUCGCUGGUGUCAUUGCGCUUGCUGAUCGUCAGCAGCAACAAUUUUGGUUUGUGCAGCUCCCAGCUGGGUGUCUUAGAUCUUUGUCGUCCAGGUUGUGGGUAGAUCUAGAGGUGAAUAAAGGUUUGUUAGGAAGUAGGUGUUCUCUGUACAUUCAGUUGUACUUCAUUUCUUCAGAAGGGGUCUUCAAUAUGGUUGCUCAUCAUUAUUUUGGUACCAGGAAUGCAUGCGAGUCAGGUUAGGUUUAGGACUUGACAAUAAGUGAUUACAUAGAUACAGGACACAGAGAGGCGUUAUAGGGCCAUCCCUUCAGGCAAUAACAGGUUCUUGAGUCACUGGUGAUUGCUUGAUACUCCCAUGUAGCAUGCCUGCCUGUAACUCGUCAAGAGGCC